AUGGCAGCCUCAAUGGCUCUCUCUUCCCCGUCUCUGGCCGGAAAGGCGGUGAAGCUGUCGCCAUAUUCCCUGGAACUCCAAGGAAAUGGAAGGGUGUCCAUAAGGAAAACUGCCAAGGCCGUCUCAUCAGGCAGCCCAUGGAAUGUCCCAGACCGCGUCAAGUACUUGGGCUCAUUCCCUGGUGACUACGGUUGGGACACUGCAGGGCUUUUAGCUGAUCCAGAAACCUUUGCCAAGAGUCGUGAGCUUGAGCUUUUGGCCCGCAAUGGCGUCAAGUUCGGUGAGGCCGUUUGGUUCAAGGCCGGAGCCCAAAUCUUUAGUGAGGGUGGACUUGACUACUUGGGCAACUCAAGCUUGAUCCAUACUCAGAGCAUUUUAGCCAUUUGGGCUUGCCAGGUUAUCUUGAUGGGUGCCGUUAAGGGCUACCAUAUUGCCGGUGGGCCGCUCGGAAAGGUGACUGACCCAUUGUACCUCGGUGGCAGCUUCGACCCAUUGGGCCUUGCUGAGGAUCCAAAAGCGUUUGCUGAGCUUAAGGUGAAAGAGAUCAAGAAUGGUAGACUUGCCAUGUUCUCCAUGUUCUGGUUCUUUGUCCAGGCCAUUGUGACUGGCAAGGGUCCACUGGAGAACCUUGCUGACCACCUUGUUGACCCUGUAAACAACAAUGCCUGGGCCUGUGCCACCAACUUUGUUCCUGGGAAGUGA